GCGAGCCCCGCACGCGGCCAAGAUCUGUGGCUACUGGCCCCCAUGGUUCAGAGGCGCCAUGAGGCUCGCUGACUCUUGGAAGCUUUGGCUCUGGGCAGCAACGUUCCUGCUUCCUGUUUCCGCUUCCGUGAUGAGCAGGGACAAGCCAGAAAAACAGUGUCCUGUACUGAGAACAGAGGGACACCAGUUUACACAAGACAACAGAGAUAAACUUGAAGUUUCAGGUUUUGACCUAGGAGAGCGCUUUUCUCUGAGACAUAUGUUUUGUGAAGGUGAUAAAACCUGUUUCAAAUUGGGAAGUUCACUUCUUAUUAGAGACACCAUUAAGAUAUUUCCCAAAGGCCUUCCUGAGGAGUUCGCCAUAGCUACCAUGUUUCGGGUGCGAAGGAGUGCGAAGAAGGAACGGUGGUUCCUGUGGCAGGUUUUAAACCAGCGUAAUAUGCCACAGGUUUCUGUAAUAGUUGAUGGUGGAAGGAAGGUGGUGGAAUUGAUGUUCCAAGCUGCCGAGGGAGAUGUGUUGAACUACAUUUUUAAAAAUCAAGAACUCCGUUCUUUGUUUGAUCGUCAGUGGCAUAAACUUGGCUUUGGUAUACAAUCCCAGGCCAUUUCGCUCUAUGUGGAUUGUAACUUAGUUGCAAGCCGGCAUACUGAUGCAAAGAGUACCGUGGACUUCCGUGGAAGGACUGUUAUUGCUGCCCGAGCUUCAGAUGGCAAACCUGUGGAUAUUGAACUUCACCAACUUCAGAUCUACUGUAACUGGAACUUCAUAGCCCAAGAAACAUGUUGCGAGAUAUCAGACAUUCAGUGCCCAGAGCAGCCUGGCUUUGGAGGUCCUGCAGCAUCACCAGCACCUGCUCAUGCCAGCAGAAUAUCUGCAUUCCUGCCAGCAAAGCAGGGACUCACAGACCAGUGCCAGUGCGUGCCACUCAAGGAUGAAAGAGGAUGUCCUGGUAGGCUACAGUCCAUUGGUCAUCUGGGCCACCAGGGAAGGCCAGGUGAAAAUGGUUUACGUGGCACCCCAGGCUUACCUGGUCAAAAGGGAGAGCAAGGUUUUGAAGGCAGCAAAGGAGAAGCUGGUGAGAAGGGUGAACCAGGAGAGAAAGGAGAUCCAGGUUUGUCAGGCGUUAAUGGACAAGAUGGUGUGAAAGGUGACUUGGGUCCUCGUGGUCCUCCUGGCCCAAAAGGAGAAAAGGGAGAUAUGGGACCUCCAGGACCACCAGCCUUAACUGGUUCCCUGGGGAUACAAGGCCCCCAAGGUCCACCUGGAAAAGAGGGUCAGAGGGGAAGACGAGGAAAACCAGGGCCUCCAGGAAAACCAGGGCCUCCAGGACCACCUGGACCCCCUGGAGUACAAGGAAUGCCACAGACUCUUGAUGGAUAUUAUCACAAGGGUAAUGUUGGUGAACAUGGAGCUGGUGGUCUAAAAGGAGAGAAGGGUGAAACUGGACCGCCAGGAUUUCCGGGAUCUAUUGGCCCUAAAGGUGAAAAGGGAGAAUCUGGGGAACCCUUUACAAAAGGUGAAAAGGGAGAUAAAGGAGAACCUGGAAUAACAGGAUCACAAGGAAUAAAGGGCGAGCCUGGAGAUCCUGGUGCACCUGGUGUAAUUGGAAGCCCAGGACUAAAGGGUCAACAAGGACCUGCAGGCUCUGUGGGACCCAGAGGACCACCAGGAGAUAUUGGGUUACCCGGAGAGCACGGUAUCCCAGGCAAGCAAGGCAUUAAAGGAGAAAAGGGAGACCCAGGUGGGAUUACAGGUCCUCCUGGCCUUCCAGGUCCAAAAGGUGAGGUUGGUCCUCCAGGAAAAAGCCUGCCAGGGGAACCAGGAUUAGAUGGAAAUCCUGGGGCACCUGGUCCACGAGGCCCAAAGGGGGAAAGAGGACUGCCAGGUGUCCAAGGCUCGCCCGGUGAUGUAGGCCCCCCAGGGAUAGGAAUUCCUGGCCGAACUGGUUCCCAAGGACCAGCUGGAGAGCCAGGGAUUCAGGGUCCUCGAGGUCUCCCUGGGUUGCCAGGAACUCCAGGGACCCCAGGGAAUGAUGGAGCUCCAGGGAGGGAUGGAAAGCCAGGUCUGCCAGGCCCCCCAGGUGACCCGAUUGCACUUCCUCUCUUGGGAGACAUCGGGGCCUUGUUCAAGAAUUUCUGUGGCAACUGCCAAGCCAGUGUCCCUGGGCUGAAAAGCAACAAAGGAGAAGAAUCAGGUGCUGGUGAGCCCGGAAAGUUUGAUUCUGCAGCCCGGAAGGGCGAUCUAGGGCCACGGGGUCCUCCAGGAAUCCCAGGCAGAGAGGGACCGAAGGGGAGCAAAGGCGAGCGGGGCUACCCUGGCGUGCCUGGGGAGAAAGGUGAUGAGGGUCUUCAAGGAAUUCCAGGCCUUCCAGGUGCUCCUGGCCCCACAGGACCGCCUGGCCUACUAGGAAGAACGGGACACCCUGGCCCCAUGGGAACAAAGGGUGACAAGGGCAGCGAGGGGCCCCCUGGGAGACCUGGGCCACCUGGACCAGCUGGUGUGCCAUUCAAUGAAGGGAAUGGAAUGAGCAGUUUAUAUAAAAUCCAGGGAGGUGUGAGUGCCCCCAGUUACCCAGGGCCACCGGGACCCCCUGGCCCCAAAGGCGAUCCUGGCCCAGUGGGAGAACCUGGUGCAAUGGGGUUGCCAGGACUAGAAGGAUUUCCUGGUAUAAAGGGAGAUCGAGGGCCGGCAGGUCCCCCAGGAGCGGCAGGAAUCUCGGGGAAGCCCGGAGCCCCAGGCCCCCCAGGAAUUCCGGGAGAACCGGGGGAGAGAGGCCCUGCUGGAGACGUAGGUUUCCCUGGACCAGAGGGACCCUCAGGAAAGCCUGGAAUAAAUGGGAAAGAUGGAUUACCAGGUGUUCAGGGCAUCAUGGGUAAGCCUGGAGAGAGAGGCCCCAAAGGAGAACGGGGUGAUCAGGGAAUUCCAGGAGACCGAGGCCCACAAGGUGAACAAGGAAAACCAGGCCUUCAAGGGAUAAAGGGGGCCAUAGGUCCUGUGGGGCCCCCAGGAAACAAGGGCUCCCCAGGGUCCCCUGGGCAUCAGGGCCUGCCAGGCCUCCCCGGCCUCCCUGGCUCCCCGGCUGAUGUGGUUUCAUUUGAAGAAAUAAAGAAGUAUAUUAAUCAAGAAGUUCUGAGGAUUUUUGAAGAGAGGAUGGCUGUGUUCCUAUCCCAGCUCAAGCUCCCAGCAGCAAUGCUGGCUGCUCAAGCUCAUGGGAGGCCUGGGCCUCCAGGCAAGGAUGGGUUACCUGGACCUCCUGGAGACCCUGGACCCCAAGGCUACCGAGGACAGAAGGGAGAAAGGGGCGAACCGGGAAUUGGGCUUCCAGGGAGCCCAGGUCUUCCUGGGACUUCAGCUCCGGGCUUGCCAGGCUCGCCAGGUGCCCCAGGGCCCCAGGGCCCCCCAGGACCUAGUGGAAGAUGUAACCCAGAAGAUUGCCUGUAUCCCGUCUCACACGCCCGACAGCGAACCGGUGGGAAUUAACCACACCCGAGGAAGACUCGACUCCAGUCACCUCUCCUUGCUGUUGGAGCUUUCUCAAUACUGUCAGACCCUCAUGAUCGUGGGUGACUUUUUUUUUUUUUUUUUUGGUGUAGGCCAGACAUUAAAAACAAAAAUCGGAAUCCUAUUCCUAUAGUAACUGCGAUAUCAGCCUUUUUAGAAUUUUUUCCAAAUUCAUUCCAUAUGUCUUGCUUCACCAUUAUUAUGAUUUUUAUUCAGGGUUUUCUAUGAAAUAUGCAAGCACAUCUUAUCAUUAGUUCUUUUUUAAGAGAAACUGAUACCUUAUGAUUUAGUAGACUGAUGGUGAUGUACGUUUUGUAGUCUCAUCAACUUGUAUUUGGCCUUUCAUUUCUGAAUUUCAAAGUUUCAGACUUGUCUGGAAGUUUCCUUGGUAUUUAAACUCACUAUCAUUGCUGACAGUUUCGUUAGCUUUUUUGAUAUAGUGCAUUGCUCCUGCUGAAUGUUUUUUGACCACUUUCAUAGCUUAAGAAUUCUUAUACCAUCCUUUAUCCAUUCUACUUAUGUAGAGAAACAGACAGGCAAUAAGACCUUCAUAACUUAGAUUCUGGAAGAAAACUCAGGAGGCUGUUUUAUCAGGGAGCCCAAAAUCCUACCAGAGCCAACUACUGAAAUGAUUUUGUUGAUCCUGUGUAAUGAGCUCCUGUCAAAGCAGUCCCACCAGCAUGGGUGUGUCCUGCGUAAGAAGGAAGGAGCGAAGCCAAGGCCCAGCGCUGUGGUCCCUUUGCUGAGUUUCUCAUUUGGGAAACAGAAAGCUGAUUUUUCUGGGAGGUGGCUGGUGGUGAAGGCACCCAGCUGUCUUUGGUACUUUCAAAGUUUAAAGGGCCUCGCAGAGUCUUUGGGCCCGAGUCCAUUAGCCUUCUGACCUCAUCACUCUCAAAUGUUAAGAACCAGCCACCAGAACAAAGGAUGGGGCUUCUUGCGACUGGAAAAGAAACCUCCUUGUGCUAGAAGAUGAGCGUGUGGUAUCCACAGAUGCAUAUCAACAAGCGGAAGCCUGGAAGCUGUAGGAAGAAGGAUGCAUCCCAGAAGCUGCAGCUACAGGUUCAGGGCCGUGAAGGAAAUCCAUGAGACCGAGCAAGAGUCCGCGCCCUUCAGGGCGGACACUGCCCAGACCGCAUCCUCUGACCGGGAACGGAAACAUGUGAUGGCCAACCGGAGAGACGAGUGGUAGUCUCAUGGCCUGGCUGUACAUUGUUUUGAGAAACUGUUGGUUGAAAACGAUGUCCUGGAACCCUGGGCAGGAGGAUGUUGUUGAAAUCUGAGUGGUGGGUCCUAGGGAUGCUGAGAGUGUGCACACCCCCCCAGCCACUGCCCCGCCACGGACAUCUGCCACUGGGGCAGACUGUGAAAAGCUGUGAGCACGGUCUGUGGACAGCCUGCCUCCAUGGAGGCAGCUUUGUUCAGAUGUACCUGGGGUUUGAACUGGUUUUCAUUGUAGUUGGAUGAACUGAUGGUCAGGUACUAUCUACGUGGCUGUGCAUAUGUACAACCUUUGUUAUUUCAUGUUGAAUGAUGCUGUAUAUUUCACUUCCAAGUUUAUUUAUUUUCAUUUCCAAGGUCAUUUUAUUUAUUUCAAGUGUUGUUAAUUUUAAAUUUAUUUUCUCUUUCAUUUUCUUUCCUGUGCAAUACCUCCAAUGGUGCUGUGUUUUAGACUGACACAAUCAGAAUAUACAUAUACAUUUUCUUAGUAAAAUUAUCAUUUAUCCCCACAAAAUGUACAGAGGUCUAGAAUCUGGUGCUAUGUGUAUAUCUUGAGCUUUUAAUUUGUGGAGCUUAAUUUGUUGAAUUUUCUGAAAGCUUACAAACUCCUCUGCCAUUCGUUAAUUUACUUGAAUUUGUCAUAAAGCUGAAAACAUUUUCUAUGUUUUCAAAGAUUAUUUUUUCAUAUUAAUUGUUUUCUUAUUCUUUUGCUUCUUUGUUAAUUCAGAAGUAUUUAUUUUGGCAUUUUACUGCUUUCAUGAACUUUUUUGUCAAUGAUGAUCAAUGCAUUGUUUUCUUGGAGUCGACCCCUUCACAGACGCAAGAAGACUCAGUUCAUUUUCUUGUUUUAUAACUCUGCUCAUUUUGAUUCCAGAGAAUAUUUCAUGUGUCCUUUCUACAAAUUAAGUAUUUCCAAACCUUUCUUUUUCUAAAUUCCAUUAAUGCUGGACUGGUUUAUUCCUGUUUCAAGGGUCUGGAUUUAGUUAGGUGAUUCGAGGAGUUGAUGUUAAUUAUAAACUCGAGUUGUCACAGUGACUCAGGCCCUUUCUAAACAACUGACAUGUGUGAUUCAAUCCUACUUGGGCAUAACCAGAGGAAAGGGCUGCAUCCCAUGGAAUGAGCCUCUGCUUGCUGCCUGUCCAGGAUGCAGCGAACAGCAGCAAGAAGGGCUGCACCCGGCAAACACAGCACCAGUAAAGUGAAGACCUGGCAGUUGCCUGAUUCUUUGAACAAAAAGAAAGUGAAUAAUUAAGGCCCCAAACAGGGCGUGAAGACUUCCCCCAACUGCCUUGGUGGUGGCCAGUUCUCUUGUUUCGUUUUGUUCCAUUCCAGAACCUUUGUUCACUUCCACGCAGAAGUCAGCAGUGUCCACAGCAGGGAAGAAGAAUGACCACAUUUCAUGAGUUAUCUCUUGUCUGGACUCCACACAACAUAGUAUGUUUAAAUACAAAGUAAUUGCAGCCCAUGAUGGCAACAGGCUUCCCACGUAGCAUGAGUGAUGAAGAACCUGCCUGCUAAUACAGGAGAUACAAG